AUGAUCUUUAACUCCUCUACUGAAGAUGGAAUUAAAAGGAUCCAAGAUGACUGCCCCAAUGCUGGCAGGCACAAUUACAUAUUUGUCAUGAUCCCUGCUCUCUACAGCAUGAUCUUUGUAAUGGGAAUAUUUGGAAACAGCUUGGUGGUAAUUGUCAUUUACUUUUACAUGAAGCUCAAUACUGUGGCCAGUGUUUUUCUUCUGAAUCUUGCUCUGGCUGAUUUAUGCUUUUUGUUGACUCUGCCACUCUGGGCAGUCUAUACUGCUAUGGAAUACCGCUGGCCCUUUGGCAAUUACCUAUGCAAAAUUGCUUCAGCCAGCGUCAGUUUCAACCUCUAUGCCAGUGUGUUCUUGCUCACCUGUCUCAGCAUUGAUCGCUACCUGGCUAUUGUCCACCCAAUGAAGUCUCGCCUCCGCCGCACGAUGCUUGUAGCCAAAGCCACUUGCAUCAUCAUCUGGCUGCUGGCUGGCUUGGCCAGUUUGCCAGCUGUCAUACACCGAAAUGUGUUUUUCAUCGAGAACACCAAUAUCACAGUUUGUGCUUUCCAUUAUGAAUCUCAGAACUCAACACUCCCCGUUGGAAUGGGCCUAACAAAGAACAUCCUGGGCUUCAUGUUCCCUUUUCUUAUCAUUCUCACCAGCUAUACUCUUAUUUGGAAAGCCCUAAAGAAGGCUUAUAAAAUUCAAAAGAACAAGACAAGAAAUGAUGACAUCUUCAGGAUCAUUAUGGCGAUUGUGCUUUUCUUUUUCUUUUCAUGGUGUCCCCACCAAAUAUUUACUUUUCUGGAUGUGCUCAUUCAACUGGGCAUCAUCCAUGAUUGUAAAAUUGCUGACAUUGUGGACACUGCCAUGCCCAUCACCAUCUGCAUAGCUUAUUUUAACAAUUGCCUGAAUCCUUUGUUUUAUGGCUUUCUGGGGAAAAAAUUUAAAAAAUAUUUCCUCCAGCUUCUGAAAUUCAUUCCCCCAAAGGCCGAGUCCCAUGUAGGCUUGUCAGCAAAAAUGAGCAGUAUUUCCUACCACCCUUCAGAUAACAUGAGCUCAUUCGCCAAGAACCCUGCAUCUUGUGUUGAGGUGGAGUGA